AUGGCUCUCAAUAAUGACACAACGGGGGCCGAUGCCCGCAUCAAUCAAGAACUCACCGGCGCUAGCGACACCACGACCGCAACAGCGACCACCAACCCAAUACCAGAAGACUACAAUCUCUCGCAUCCCAUAGGCUCAACCUCCGGGCUCCGCCAGGGCCUGACAUCCUACGGCGACGCACACUUCUCCCUAUUCCUACGCAAAGUGUUCAUCAAAGCGCUGGGCUAUUCGGACUCGGCGUUGUCGUCGCCCAUCGUGGGCAUCAUCAACACAUACUCAUCCUUCAACCCAUGCCACAGCAACGUGCCGCAGCUGAUCGAGUCGAUCAAGCGCGGAGUAUUGGCGUCGGGCGGCUUGCCCGUGGACUUCCCGACGAUCAGCAUCCACGAGAGCUUCUCCUCCCCGACGAGCAUGUUCUUGCGGAAUCUGAUGGCCAUGGACACGGAGGAGAUGAUCCGGGCGCAGCCGGUCGACGCGGUGGUCAUGAUCGGCGGGUGUGACAAGACGGUGCCGGCGCAGCUGAUGGGCGGCAUCAGCGCGAACAAGCCGGUUGUGCCGUUGAUUACGGGCCCGAUGAUGCCCGGGUCGGUCAAGGGCGCGAGGGUCGGAGCGUGCACGGAUUGCCGGAGCAACUGGGCGCGGUACCGCGCUGGGGCGAUCGAUGUCGAGGAUAUCAUGGAUGUGAAUGAGGAGUUGGCGCCGACGGGUGGCACAUGUGGGGUCAUGGGCACGGCGAGCACGAUGGCGUGUGUCACGGCGGGACUGGGGCUGCUUGAGCUACGCGGCGGUGCUACGGCGGCGGCGGUGAGCUCGGCGAGGCUGCGGGUUGCGGAGCAGGCGGGGAGGAAUGCGGUUGCGCUACUGAAGUUGGAGAAUCAUAGGCCACAGGAACUACUGACGCGAGAGAGCUUCUUGAAUGCUAUCACGGUUCUUCAGGCCAUCGGUGGGAGCACCAACGCUGUCGUGCACUUGAUGGCUAUCAUCAACAGGCACCCAAAGGUGGCGGGGACGAUUGACUUGAAGACCUUUGACGAUAUUGGCAGGAAGACGCCGCUACUUGUCGACCUGAAGCCGAGUGGGGAUAAUUACAUGACCGAUUUCCACAAUGCCGGCGGCAUGCUGGCACUACUGCACACGCUGAGACCGCUGCUGCACUUGGACGCUUUGACAUAUUGUGGCAAAACGCUCGGGGAGCUUUUGGAUUCGACGCCCUUCAAGUCAUUCGAAUACUCGAGGCAAAUCGUGCGGCCCCUGGACCAUCCCCUGCACCCCAACUCGAGCCUCGUCGUUCUCUACGGGAAUAUCUGCCCCAACGGAGCUGUCAUGAAAGCUUCGGCGUCCAAGGAUCGGCGACUUCUCCAUCACCGAGGAACAGUCUGCGUCUUUGAGAACUCGGCCGAUAUGGCUCGGCGCAUUGACGACCCCGGUCUCGAGGUGGACGAGGACUCGAUCCUUGUUCUCAAGAGCAUCGGUCCCGUAGGGAACCCUGGGAUGCCGGAAGCUGGGUUGAUCCCCAUUCCACAGAAGCUGGGCCGCCAGGGUGUGCUGGACAUGUUAAGAAUCAGUGAUGGGCGGAUGAGUGGCACCGCGGGAGGUACGAUCGUCCUGCAUAUCUCCCCAGAGUCCGCGGACAUGGGCUCAGUGUUUGGAGUCGUGGAGAAUGGUGACAGGAUCGUAUGUGAUGUCGAGAACAGGAGGCUGUCGCUGGAAGUGGAAGACUCGGUGCUUGCUCAAAGGAUUGCUGAACGCAAGCAGCGGGCCCAGCAGGGUGCUUCUCAAAGUGAGCAUGCGCAGGCCCGAGAGCCCUGGUUGGAGAGGUCCAAUCGAAGAGGCUAUCGCGGUCUAUACGAACGCGAGGUCAACCAGGCUCAUCUAGGAUGCGAUUUUGGGUUUCUCACGGCCGAGGGACCGCGUACAAGCUGA